UGCUGGCUCGACCAAAGGCUGUCGCUCGCUGCUGUAGCCUUGUGACUCCCUACAUAUCUUCUGUUCAUUUCGGCCACUCAACAUCGACUGAGAAAUGCAAAUAGCUCUGCCAAACAUGGAAGUUUUGAGACGACCGAAACUUUAAUUUACAUGAAGACGGUCCACAAUCAGAUUGGUGACACGUUGGCUGAGUUGUCAUUUACAGUCUGUCAGGGCUGUGGACAUGCUACUGGAAUUGAUGAUUUGUGAAUUGUUAAGAAGAAUUGUUCAAUUGUAGUCUAAUAUAAAGAUACGCUUGGCUACUUAAGUAGUAGCCUACAACUAGGCGAACCUAAUAUUUUAUAAAUCUAACGACUGAAAACUACGGAAGAAAUCGUCUAAAUUAUGACUCGACUAAACCGUGGACUGCCGUAUUACCUGGUGUUGCUUGGUUUUUCAGGUUUAAUAACUGCCUGCUCAGUUGAUAUCAGUCCCUCUACUCUGGUGGUGAGGUAUGGAGGUCCUGCUUCGGCCACCUGUCGUGCACUCGUACCCAUUGAUGGCAUGGGCUGGGAGUCCCCAGUGGGGGCUGUGCCUUUGGAGGAUAGAGUCACAGAGCUCAACUGGACGGUGACGGAGCUGAGAGAGUGGACACUGACUCCACAAUGCUACAUCAACUCGAAGGAGGGUACCCAGUGCACAAAAGAACUAUCUGUUUUGGCUUACCAAAUGCCGGACAUUGUGAUCCUAGUGGAAGAUGAUUCUGGGCCCAAGUAUGUAAACAAGUCAUACGGCUUCGGUUGCUACAUUGAAAAUUUUGCUGCUGCGAAGGACCUGACUGUGAAGUGGUUUAAAGGAGAGAAGCUGUUAGAAAAAAUUACUGUGUCUGAAGAGUACUUGGAAGAAGGUCCACUGAACUUGACUGUCCAUAAAACGGACAAAAGUGUCUUCACUCCACAUGAUGAUGGAUCAAAGUACCAUUGUGAAGUUGGACUGGAUUUCACUCCUGAUCGUCCUAUUAAAUCACAGCCGGUCGUCAUGACUGUCUACUAUGCCCCUGAUCACCACCAUUCAGAGGCCGAGGUCUCAGCGCUGGAGGGUGACACCAAAUUGAACUGCACAGUCAGUGGCAACCCCCCUCCUAUUUAUGCCUGGACAUGGUCAGGAGCGCAAGACAAGAUAGAGAUCAUAGAGCCUGUCCUUGCUGUUAAGCAAGCUGGGGACUAUGUAUGCACAGCCUCCAACGAGAUUGGUAGUAGCAACAAGCAUUUCAAAGUAGAGUCCAGAUCUUCAGGCACAUUCUGGACCAUCAUCAUUGUUGGUGUUGUCGUGGCUGUGCUGCUAAUAGUGUCAUACGGAGUAUGGAAGUGGAAACUGGCUCCUGUCAAUUCGGUUAUCUGAUCAACAACCAGUGCCUCAGAUGCCAAGAGAAAAUGAGCAGCUCCCCCUCUGUCACACACAUGCAAUGCAUGCACCGCUUUAUAUAUUUACCUUUGUGCCUUUAAUGUUAUGUAUGUGUUGGGGGGGCGGGGGCACUUCUGUUUUUGGAGGUCUUGCAUGUGAGGGACUGUGGUAUGGGGACUACUAUGGGGACUAAUGGCCAGGUUGAGGGGUGCUAACGCAUGGAGAUGAUGACGUCAAAGGUUUGGACUACAGCAUUGCGCAAGGAGGACUGUGUCUCUACCUUCUGCACUGCAUAGUGAAGACUUGGUCUCUAUCCUCAGCAGUGCAUAGUGAAGACUGGAACUCUAUCUUCAGCAUUGCACACUGAAGACUGGGUCUCUAUCUCCAGCAGUGCACAGUGAAGACUUGCUCUCUACCAGCAGGAGUGCACAAUGAAAACCGAGCCUGUAUCAGGAGCUGUUCAUGUUUGUGUCUGCUUCGUGGUGAUGUCUUCGAAAAUGCUUUCAUUGCACUGAGUUAUCUUUUACACACAACUUCCUUGCUACUCUUUGUCUUGGCGACGUUUAGGAAGUAUUGUGUGGUUGAAUGUGUUCAGAGCCUCAUGUCAGUCAAUGUUAUUCAAAUUAUCAGUGAAGUGUUAUGUUUAGCAUUUUAACAUAAUCUACAGUAGUAACAGUAGACACGGUGCUUUGUCCUUGUCAGCAUUUAACUAAAGCUAGUGCUAAGGGCCUUAAAUGAUAUACUGUUGCUGUUGUUUCCUAAAUGUAUCCUAAACUAUCCAAUUUAACUCACUCAUACUCAAAUGCCUCAUGUGUUUAAGUAGCCAUCUUAAGCCUACCUUACACUGACAGACCUUGACAAGAUUUGGGAAAGAUUCUUGAAAGAUUGUAGUCUUUUGACUAAAGCUUGAAUGAGGGGCAUUAGUUAAAAGACUGCAGUCUUUCAAGAAUCUUUCCCAAAUAUUGUCGAAGUCUGUCAGUGUAAGGUAGGCUUUAGCUGUUCAGAUUUGCAUCAUAUUUGGUCUAUUGACCCUCAGGUAUUGUAUCGUGAGUAUGUUAACCACUGUGCCUUAGCACUCAAUUUAUUUUACACUGUUUUAAUCCAUUUUGAUUUUAUUGACCCAUAGCCACAAAACCUCUUGUCAGACAAUUGAUAUAUGGUCACUAGGCUGAUGGAAAAUAAUUCUGCUCAUAAAGAUGACAGUUUUCUGGCCAAAGAUAUGUACAGUGAAAUAGUUUUUGUUUUUCAGUUAGAUUUAGAAGAUAUGUGUAUAUAUGUUAUUCUCAGGGGAGUGUAUAUGAAGCCAUACCCUCCAGGACACUGCUCUUGGUUCACUGUAAUCAUACAAAACUGGUCAAUACAUUUGUCAGAAGGGCUUUAAUGUAAAAUGUGUGAUUUAUGACUUCCAAAAGCUUCAGUCAUUUGUGCUGACUUUUUACCAUUUUGUAAUGCCAGAGACACUUUGGCAGUCUAAACUAUGGCUUUUACUUUUCACUUCUGUUUUCAGCUUCGCAGUGAUUUAUUGCUGGUCUCAUUCUUUGUUUUGUUGAGUAUGCCAAAGUUGUUGACCUAAAGAAGAAAUAGAGUUCAUCGACAUCUCCCUGUCGAGGCUGUGUUAAUAAAUUUGAUCAUUUUGUAA